AUGGCGCACCAAGGUCGAGGUGACCUUCAAAGCAUGCAACCUUCCUAUCGUCUAAAUGGGAAGAACUACCUAAAGUGGUCUCAAUUUGUGAAGACCUACUUGAAGGGGAAAGGGAAAAUACAUCACCUCCUUGGAGGAGGACCAAAAGAAGGAGAUCCUAUUUGUGGGGCAUGGGAUGAAGCAGACUCCAUGAUUAUGUCAUGGUUAUGGAAUUCUAUAACUCCAGAAAUUAGCGAUACAUUUAUGUUCCUUUCAACUGCAAAGGACAUAUGGGAUGCUGCCAGACAGACCUCCAAAGCUAGAGAUGCGGCCCAAAUCUUUGAAAUUAAAAUCAAAGUUGGAAGUACAAAGCAAGGGAGUAAGACCGUGACGGAGUAUGCCACCAUUCUACAAAAUCUGUGGCAAGAACUGGAUCACUAUAGGUGCAUAGAAAUCAGAUGUCCGGAAGAUGCUGCGAUCCUAAAAAACUUUAUUGAAAAGAAUAGAGUUUAUGAUUUUCUCGCAGGACUAAAUGCAGAAUAUGACCAAGUUAGGGUUCAAAUUCUUGGCAAGGAGGAGAUGUCAUCACUCAAUGAAACCAUUUCCCUCAUCCGCGCAGAAGAAAGCCGACAAGGAGUGAUGUUAGAACCGAAGGCAGUUGAAAGCUCAGCAAUGGUAAUGAACAAAGAAUCGUCAUGGAAGGAGAAGGGUAAAGAUUCUUCAAAGUUCAAAGACAAGGAUUCACUUUGGUGCAGCUAUUGCAAAAAGUCAAGACACACAAAAAAAACGUGCUGGAAAAUACAUGAAAAACCCCCCAACAAGGAGUGGAAUCAAAAGGGUGAAACAAAGAGCACAUCACAUGCUAACAACACUACAAGUAAGCCAGAAGCACAGUCCAGCCUUGAAGAAUUCAAUAAAGAAGAUAUUGAUAAAUUAAAACGACUUCUGGUAUCUCUUGAAAAACCAAAUGCUUCUUCUUCACUAACACUAUCAG